AUGAGAAGGGUUCAGCCUGUCAGCCUUGAUGGAGUCAUAUGUCUCCGUAUGAAAAUAUCUGUCAAAUAUGGAAACUCAGGUCUGAUCCAGGAUCAGUCCAGUGUGGAGACAGAUCUAAGUGAGGAUCAGUCUAAGUGUUUCCAAAACGUUCAAGAUAACACGUCCAUGUCUGAGUCAGAUGAUGUCCUGGUGAGAAUUACUGAGGGUCAUAAAACCGCCCUGAAAAAUAAGUAUGAGUGCUUAUAUGAAGGUGUUGCACUGAAAGAAAACCAAACCCUCCUCAACAGCAUUUACACAGAGCUCUACAUCACAGAGGGAGAGAGUGAAGGAGUGAAUAAAAAACAUGAGGUUUUACAGAUUGAAACAGCAUCUAGGACACGGGAUUCUCAAGACAAACCAAUCAGCUGCAAUGACAUCUUCAAACCCUUGUCAACCAACCAAACUAAAGAGCAGAAAAAAGCCUUAUCUAGUGAGGAACCUGGAGGGGACAGACAAAAGCCAGAAAUCAGAACUGUACUCACUAAGGGCAUUGCUGGAAUUGGAAAAACAGUCUCUGUGCAGAAGUUCAUUCUGGACUGGGCCGAAGGAAGGACCAAUCAGAACAUCGAUUUCAUUUUGGUUCUUCCUUUCCGAGAACUGAACUUGGUUAAAGAUGAUCAGUUCAGUCUUCAUGGACUCCUGCUAGAGUUUCACCCAGAGCUGAAAGACUUGGAUCCAAAGAAAUAUAAUGACUGUAAAAUGCUGUUCAUCUUUGAUGGUUUAGACGAGAGUCGACUUCAGUUGAAUUGUUCUGAGAGGCUGUUUGAGGUGACCAAAACAUCAUCAGUGAAUAUACUGAUAACAAACCUCAUUCAAGGAAAUCUUCUUCCCUCUGCACUCAUCUGGAUAACCUCCAGACCAGCAGCAGCCAGUCAGAUCCCCUCUCAGUUCAUCAGUCGUGUGACAGAAAUCCAAGGAUUCAGUGAUUCACAGAAAGAGGAAUACUUCAGAAAAAGAGUCAGUGAUGAGAGUCAAGCCAACAGAAUCAUCUCACACAUCAAGACAUCAGUGAGUCUCCACAUCAUGUGUCACAUCCCAGUGUUCUGUUGGAUUUCAGCCACUGUGCUUCAGGAAAUGCUGUGUCAAGACAAUGUUGAAGAGAUCCCUAAAACUCUGACUGAGAUGUACACACACUUCCUGCUCAUUCAGACUAAAAUGAAACAGCAGAAAUAUGAGGACAAAGUUGGGACAGACUCAAAGAAUGUUUUGGAAUCAAGCAAGAAGAUCUUUCUGAAACUUGCUAAACUGGCUUUUAAUCAGUUGCUGAGGGGCAAUAUCAUGUUUUAUGAGGAGGAUCUGAGAGAAUGUGACAUUGAUGUGAGUGAGGCCACAGUGUACUCUGGGAUUUGUACUGAGAUCUUUAAGGAGGAAUCUGUGUUUCGUCAGAAGAAAGUCUACUGCUUUGUGCAUAUGAGUGUUCAAGAGUUCUUUGCUGCUCUCUAUGUGUUUUACUGCUAUGUGAACAAGAACAUGGAGGCACUGGAGUAUUUUAUGCCUAGAGAGAUCAAUGCAUCAAACAAUGUUCCCUUGGAUAAGUUGCUGAAGAAAGCUGUGGAUAAAUCUUUGGAGAGUAAGGAUGGACGUCUCGAUCUGUUUGUCCGCUUCCUUCAUGGCAUCUCAUUGGAGUCCAACCAGAAACUCCUACAAGGCCUGCUGACACACACACAGAACAACCAGAAGAGCAUCAGGGAAGUCAGCCAUUACAUCAAGAAGUUAAAUAAAGAUGGUGUCCUGCCUGAGAGAUGGAUCAAUUUACUGCACUGCCUGACUGAAAUGAAUGAUGGCUCUCUCCACGAAGAAAUUCAAGCUUUCAUCAAGUCUGAAAAUUACAGAACUAAACUCUCACUUGCACACUGCACAGCACUGGCCUACAUGUUUCUGAUGUCAGAGGAGGUGCUGGAUGAGUUUGACCUGAAAAAAUACAACACAUCAGAUGAGGGUCAUAGGAGACUGGUCCCAGCUGUGAGGUGCUGCAGAAAAGCUCUACUUGCUGGUUGUAGACUCACUGAACAGUCCUGUGAAGCUGUAGCCUCAGUUCUACAGUCAGUAAACUGUCCCCUGAGAGAACUGGACCUGAGUAACAAUGACCUUCAGGAUUCAGGAGUGAAGUUGGUCUGUGCUGGAUUGAAGAAUUCACACUGUAAAUUGGAGAUACUGAGACUUGCUGGUUGUAAACUCACUGAACAGUCCUGUGAAGCUGUAGCCUCAGUUCUACAGUCAGUAAACUGUCCCCUGAGAGAACUGGACCUGAGUAACAAUGACCUUCAGGAUUCAGGAGUGAAAUUUCUCUGUGUGGGACUGAAGAAUCCACACUGUAAACUGGAGAUACUAAGAUGCAAACAACAUGUUCCAGAAGAAAUACUGAGGAAGUACCGUGGCUGCAGAGCAGAAUUAAAGCUGCGAAUGAAGAAGUGGAGAUGCAAGCUGUAUCUCACUUCCAUCAUUAUGGGAAACGUGAGAUCGCUGGCAAAUAAGACGGACGAAUUAACGGCACUGGUGAGGAGUCAGAGGGAAUUUCGGGAGAGCAGUAUCAUGUGUUUUACGGAGAUAUGGCUCCACGAAGACAUUCCUGACUACAACUCUACCGUCACCGGCUUCGAGACGAUACGGGCAGACAGAGACCGAAAGAAGAGUGUACAGUGUUUCCCAAAUAACAAACCCUGGAUCACCAGAGACAUAAAGGCCCUCCUUAAUGACAAAAAAAGGGCCUUCAGAGCUGGGGACAAGGAGGAGAUUAAGAGAGUCCAGAAAGCACUGAGUGCUAAGAUCAAGGAGGGCAAGGACACCUACAGGAGGAGGAUGGAGUACAGGCUGCAACAAAAUAACACAAGGGAACCACCCUCCAGCCCUUCUCAGGUCCCUCCUGCUCCUCCCCCCUCACCACUCCCCCCAGCCAUCACAACUGACCAGGCCCCCCUGCAGUUUGCUUACCAGGAACAUGUCGGAGUGGAGGAUGCCAUCAUAUACCUGCUGCACCGAGCCCGCUCUCAUCUGGACAAGGCUGGGAGCACUGUGAGAGUCAUGUUCUUUGACUUCUCCAGUGCAUUCAACACAAUUCAGCCUGUAUUGCUGGGAGACAAGCUCAGGAGCAUGCGGGUUGAUGCUCUGCUUGUGACCUGGACAAUGGACUAUCUGACAAACAGACCAAAGUACGAUCUCACACUGGACCCAAACACAGUAAACACAAAACUCUCUCUGUCUGAGGGGAACAGAAAGGUGACAGGUGUGAGACAGAAUCAGUCGUAUCCUGAUCAUCCAGAAAGAUUUGAUGUCUGGUCUCAGGUCAUGUGUAGAAAGAGUCUGAUUAGACGCUGUUACUGGGAGACUGAGUGGAGUGGAGAUAAUGUUGUUAUAUCAGUGACAUAUAAAGGAAUCAGGAGGAAAGGAACGAGAGAGAGUGAUGACUUUAGGUUUGGAAACAAUGAAAAGUCCUGGAGUCUGUGGUGCUAUAGUAACAGUUACUUUGCCCGUCACAAUAAACAGGAAACUGUCAUACCUCGCGACCCCUCACACACACGCAGAGUAGGAGUGUAUCUGGACUGGUCGUCUGGAACUGUGUCCUUCUACAGCGUCUCCUCUGACACACACACACUCACACACUUACACACAUUCCACUGCACAUUCACUGAAUCCCUCUAUGCUGGGUUUGCUGUUUAUGAAUAUGACUCCUCAGUGUCUCUGUGUCAGAUAAAAUAA